UGUGGUCGAUGGUCGAUGUCAUAGAGCCGUAUUUGAGUGUUGUAUUUGAUAAUCUGUUGUAAAAUCUCGCUGUAUUUGGGCUGUACCAGAGACACCAGGUUUCAUCCUCAGUGACAAUACGGUUCAAGAAAUUGGGUGUAGCAUCCACCAUUUCUAACAAAAUCCUGUGAAGCCUCUAAACGUGCAUGCUUCUGACCGUCAGUCAAGUGAUGUGGCACAAUACAACACGUUUUCCUCUUCCCUAACUGCUGGUGCUGCUGGACAUCAAGUGAAAUGCACAACACAAGUCCAGAGGGGCACUACCGUGCCAAUGGGACCCAUAAUCAAGAACGUGUUGCUAUUUUGGAUGCAGGAGCACAAUAUGGAAAAGUGAUAGAUCGUAAAGUGCGAGAACUUUGUGUUGAGAGUGAAAUAUUGCCAUUGGACACACCAGCAUUCACACUGAAAGAAAAAGGAUACAAGGCAGUCAUAAUAUCUGGUGGUCCAAACUCUGUAUAUGCUGAAGAUGCUCCUCGGUAUGAUGCAGACAUAUUUAGGAUAGGAAUUCCUGUUCUUGGAAUAUGUUAUGGAAUGCAGAUGAUGAACAAAGAGUUUGGUGGACAAGUUAUUCGAAAGGAUAGCAGAGAAGAUGGGCAGUUUAGCAUUGAUGUCGACAAUAAAUGCUUAUUAUUCAAAGGCUUAGAAAAAGUCCAAAAAGUUCUCUUAACUCAUGGUGAUAGUAUAGAAAAAGUGGCUGAGAGCUUUAGAAUAGUUGCUGCUUCAAGUGUUUGUACAGCAGCAAUAGCUAAUGACAAAAUGCGACUGUAUGGUGUGCAAUUUCAUCCUGAGGUAGAUCUCACACCAAAUGGAAAUGUAAUGUUGAAAAAUUUUCUUUUUGAUAUUACGGGUUGUACUGGCAACUACACUCUACAAGGAAGAGAAAUAGAAUGCAUUAAGUACAUAAAAGAAACUGUGGGAAACAACAAAGUACUGUUGUUAGUCAGUGGUGGUGUGGACUCUACAGUAUGUGCUGCUCUGCUUCAUAAAGCAUUGCACGAAGAUCAAGUCAUUGCUGUUCAUAUUGAUAAUGGGUUUAUGAGGAAGAAUGAAAGCCAGAGAGUUGAGCAGUCGUUAGAAAAACUGGGACUGAGAUUGAAAGUCAUCAAUGCUAGCCAUCAGUUUCUACAUGGGACAACGACAAUUCCAAUGGAUAAGAAGGAUCCUACCUCAAGAACUCGAAUUACAAAAAUGCUUUGCAUGACUUCAAACCCUGAAGAGAAAAGGAAAAUCAUUGGUGAUAUUUUUGUGAAAGUUGCGAAUGAUGUUAUCUCUGAACUAAACUUAAAACCAGAGGAGGUUUUCCUGGGUCAAGGCACACUUAGACCAGAUCUGAUUGAAUCUGCCUCACAUUUAGUCAGCUCAAAAGCUGAUACAAUAAAAACACAUCACAACGACAGUGAGCUUAUACGACAGUUAAGGGAAGAAGGAAGAGUUGUUGAGCCACUGAGAGAUUUUCAUAAAGAUGAGGUGCGCAUUCUUGGAAAAGAACUGGGUCUUCCUGUUGAUUUGGUAAUGAGACAUCCCUUUCCUGGUCCUGGGCUUGCUAUUCGCAUACUUUGUGCUGAAGAGGCAUACAUGAAACGAGACUUCUCGGAAACCCAGGUUCUCGUAAAAAUAAUAGCUGAAUAUGAUCAAAUGUUACAAAAGAAACAUGCUUUGCUCAACAGAGUUGAAAGUGUAACUAGUGAUGAUGAAAGAUCUGAACUUUGUAAAGUUUCAAGUAAACAACAUCUUGCUGCAACACUCCUACCCAUCAGAAGUGUUGGAGUGCAGGGUGACUGUCGUAGCUAUAGCUAUGUUGUUGGACUCUCUAGUGAGAAAGAGCCGGAUUGGGAUGACUUACUAUUUCUUGCAAGACUUAUUCCUAGAGUGUGUCAUAAUGUAAAUAGAGUUUGUUACAUAUUUAGUGGCUUAGUGCGUGAUCAAGUACUUGAUAUAACGCCAACUUUCCUUACGUCAAAUGUACUUAGUACAUUACGUCAGGCAGAUUAUGUGGCACACCAGGUUCUUGCAGCAUCAGGGUACACCAAUGCCAUCAGCCAAAUGCCAGUGGUGUUGAUACCUAUACAUUUUGACAGAGACCAAGUAUCUCGGAUUCCAUCAUGUCAGCGUUCUGUUGUUCUGAGGCCAUUCUGUACCCACGACUUCAUGACAGGUGUUCCUGCUAUUCCUGGAAGAGAUCUACCUCUUGAUGUUGUAGCAAGAAUGAUAACAGAAAUUCUUACAGUGCCUGGCAUUUCAAGAGUGCUCUACGAUUUGACAACGAAACCUCCUGGAACAACUGAAUGGGAAUGAUUUCUGUUACAUUGGUUGUGUUUGUGUUGUACCAUGGUGCAUCAUCUGCACAGUGUUAUUGCAAUAACUGUUAACAUUUGGAGUCACAAGUGCUUGUAAAUAUGUGUUCAUGUGACAGAUUUUUUUUUUGUGGAUAACAGUGUUCAGACAUUUGCUCCCGUAUAAAUCAGGAAGGGAAAAGUGAUCUAUGCCAUGCACAAGCUAUGUACAUAUUUAAAAUAGAUAAGCAGAGAUAAUGAUUUCCUGGGCCUGAUUGUUGAAGUUGUAAUUUUUAAGUGAAACUUAAUUGAGAUUGUGAAUGUGAUAGUGUGACUGUUCAGGAUAUCAUUUGUUAUAAAUAAUUAUGACUGAAGAAUUUUUUAUCUGACAGCUUUUAUCAGUGUAAUACAAAGAAGCAUUAUAAAUUUGUAUUGUCUUGUGUU